AUGCGACAACAUCGUCGGCAAAUCCCACUGGGGAUUGGCAUUCUCUUAUUCUUCCUUAUUCUCAUUUGCCCCCUCGCCGUCCUCCCAGCCGCUGCCGCUACUACUUCUACAACUAGUACAGAUGUCGAACCCGGGGAGCCCAUCAUUGGUAUCGAUCUCGGCACAACUUAUUCAUGUGUUGGCAUUAUGAAAGGAGAUGGGGUUGAAGUAAUAGUGAACGAUCAAGGACACAGGAUAACACCAAGUUAUGUCGCGUUUACCGAGACUGGGGAGCGUCUUAUCGGAGAUGCGGCGAAGAAUCAAUAUGCGAGUAACCCGACAAACACAAUAUUUGACAUCAAACGAUUAAUAGGACGGAGCUUUUCGGACAAAGAAGUACAAGCCGACAUCAAGCACAUGCCAUUCAAGGUAAUUGAUGGACCGGGAGACAAACCCGUGGUCGAACUUGAUGUUGGCGGGGAAACGCGGCAGUUUACCCCUGAAGAGGUCAGCGCCAUGGUCUUGGGGAAAAUGAAGGAAACUGCAGAGCAGUAUCUGGGCCAAAAGAUCAAGCACGCCGUGGUCACGGUCCCAGCGUACUUUAACGACAAGCAGCGACAGGCUACCAAAGAUGCCGGCACCAUUGCCGGACUUAACGUUGUCCGGGUCUUGAGCGAGCCUACGGCGGCGGCGCUGGCUUAUGGAAUCGAUAAGGUCCAAGGAGAACGCCAAGUCCUAGUCUACGACCUCGGCGGCGGCACCUUUGACGUCUCCCUCGUUUCAGUCGAAGACGGCAACUUUAUGGUGCUCGCCACCGCCGGCGACACCCGGCUCGGCGGAGAAGACUUCGACAACAAGAUCAUCACGCACCUCGCGCGCAAGUUCAAAGCCGCCCACCAGCUGGACAUAACAAAGAACACCAAGGCCAUGGGCAAGCUGAAACGCGAAGCGGAAAAGGCCAAGCGCGCUCUCUCAUCCCAAUCGUCGACCCGCGUUGAGAUCGAAAGCCUGAUGGACGGCAUCGACUUCUCGGAGACGCUGACGAGGGCGACGUUUGAGCAGCUGAAUAUGCAGUUGUUUAAGAAGACGCUCGAGUCGGUUCGGCGGGUGUUGAAGGAUGCGGAUGUGGACAAGGCGGAUGUGACGGAUAUCGUGCUGGUGGGCGGGUCGACGCGGAUUCCUAAGAUUCGGAGUCUGGUGGAGGAAUUCUUUGGGAGGAAGGCUAGCGGGGGGGUGAAUCCGGAUGAGGCCGUGGCGUUUGGCGCUGCGGUGCAGGGAGGGGCCGCUGAUGAUAUCCUCCUCAUGGACGUCAAUCCCCUCACCCUCGGUAUCGAGACGGCGGGCGGUGUCAUGGCACAACUGAUCCAGCGCAACACCCAGCUCCCGACGGCACGAUCUCAAAUAUUCUCUACUACUGCGGACAACCAACCAGCAGUCAUGAUCAGGGUCUACGAAGGCGAACGGUCCAUGACAAAAGAUAAUAACCUCCUCGGCAAAUUUGAGCUCACAGGUAUCCCAGCCGCGCCUCGAGGCGUCCCUCAGAUAGAAGUCAAGUUUUCCGUCGAUGUCAACGGGAUCCUGGAAGUUUCGGCUGAGGAUAAGGGUACCGGUCGAAAAGAAACUAUCACCAUCAGCAACGAUGCUGGACGCUUGUCUCAAGAUGAGAUCGAACGUAUGAUCCUAGAGGCUGAGAGGUUCGCCGACGAGGACAAGGAAGCUCGGGAGCGCAUUGAGGCGAGAAACGGCCUUGAGACCUACGCGUUCAGUUUGAAGAACCAGCUGGAGGAUGACCGUGGACUGGGCGGUAAGAUCGACGAGGACGCGAAAGAGGCCUUACGAGACGCUGUGGCCGAGGCCUUGGACUGGAUCAACGAGUAUGGGACUGGAGCCACUGCGGAUGAUUUCGCGGAGCAGAGGGAGAAGUUGUCGGACGUCGCCCACCCCAUUACGAGCAGCCUAUAUGAUCACGCCGACGUGGGGGCCGACGAACGGGGCGACUUUGGAGACGUUCACGAUGAACUCUAA